AUGUCUGACGUAACGAGGAACAAAGGCCGCGCGGGAGAAUCAUGGGUGUGUGUCAAGCAAAUAGUUUCAUUCCUGCAACUGCAUGCACUGCAGGUCUGCGACGGGGAGGAGCUAUGUGUAGACGGGUCUGACGAGACCCUCAUCUGCGACCAAUUCGACGAGAUCUGCCAGUCCUUGAAUGGUGCCUUCUCCUGCACGAACGAGAGGAAAUGCAUCACCCCGGACCUCCGAUGCAACGGCGUGGACGAUUGCAAAGACGGCUCCGACGAGAACGACUGCCCCGAGUACUGCAAGAGCGUCGGACUUCUCUCCUGCGAGACGAAAGGCGGCUGCCUGACGGAAGACAAAUGGUGCAACAUGAUUCUCGACUGCCCCGAUAUGUCCGAUGAGACUCAUUGUAAAGUCGAACUCUACAAGAAGCACGAUGAAGUGUGUAACUGCGAACAAGUCUGCGUCCGCCGCCCCAACGAUACCGAUUACUGCUACGAAAAGAACUGCAAGUCCCAACAGCUUCACGACUUUGGCCGAACGAUAGCCGAAUCGAGGACCAAGGACAUGAGCGACCUAUUGCAGAUUUACACUCCAGAUCGAGACGAGGUGCAAAAGUACGGGAUAAGCGCCAGAAACCUCAUCGCCAGCUGCAGUUUCGACAAUCGAGAUUGCUCCUACAAGGAUUUCCACGAAUGGCGGAGCGACGACUAUGGGAAUUGCUUCACCUUCAACAGUCCAUUCUUGGAGAAGUACGUAGAAGACUCGAAAGGGAACUACGUGAAACAAGACGUGCUUCCACGCGAGGGCUUCAACAUCGCUCCUGGGAUCCUCACCACUGCCUCAAUCAAACGGGAGGACGUCCUUCGAGUCGGAAGUCCCUAUGGAGAAUGCAACGAUUGGGAAUGGGAACACCUUGGAAACUACUCUCAAUCAGCAUGCUUCAAGUUGUGCGCCGAGGGUUGGUACCGUCAGAUGUGCGACUGCAAGAGGAGUGUGAAUCCCCUUUUCGACAAACUCAACGACAAGUCUCAAUGCAAUGUCCUCAACGUCUCUCAGUGUGCGGAUCCCUUUGUCUCUCCAAGCAGCGGUUCGGAAGUGGCGAUUCCCAACGUGAAAUUCCUCCGCGCUCUCUCCUUCUACAAACGAUUCCAGUUUGGAAAAGAUGCCUGCAACAGACCGAGUGACGAUAAGAACACGGCCUACCUACACGUUUACUUCGAGGACAACAGCUACAAGUUGAUCCAAGAAAGCCCUGCUUAUACUUGGGUGACCCUCGUGUCGAACUUGGGCGGGUCUAUCGGCCUUUUUGUCGGACUGAGCUUGAUCACCGCGCUCGAGCUCUUCUUCUUCUUCGCUGAGGUAUUCUCCUUCUGCUGCUUUAAACGUCGUCAUCGCAUCCGGGACAGAAAGAACUCAGAGCAGCAACUCAAUGUUCAGCGCCAGUGCAAGCAACAGCCAAAGGUAGGAACGGUGGCAGUGAACCACGCGUCGACGCAGGAGAGGGAAAUGCAAGAGACGUGGAUGCAGACCCCGGUCCAGGUGGCACCGUUCUUCGUGAACCCUGCUCUUGAGAGAAAGUCUGGGUCUUUCUCCUAACGUCACAGAGAUAUGCUUUGCUUCUGAUGCAACAAACGACCGUGACUCCGAAGAAUUUCCUGAUUCAUCACGUGUUCUGAAUACAGUCAACUUGCAAUCCUGCACCCGCAC